AUGCAUCUACGGCGCACCCCAUCAACCCGACCCCAUACUGACGCGCUGCACAUCACCGUUACGUUCUCGAUCGAGGUCCGUCCAGAGGAUGUGUCUUCUGGAUUCGAUGUCAUGGAUAGCCAAGAGGCGCCUGCUGUCGACAAUGGGUGGCUCGCUCAUCCAGCUUCACCACUCCUGCUGCCUGACUAUGAGACCACACAGCUACUAUCUCGAACCAUCUUCACGGUGAGCAUGCUAGAUCAAAUUGCUCAAGAUGAGAUGCGCAACUUUGGCACCUUAUUUUUCCUGCCAGCAGAACCACCACUAGGACGACACAUCUUCUCCGUAGAGGAAACGACCCGUAUUCUUAGGACGGAGACGGCAAACGUUACGUCGUUCAGUCAUGCCUUUGGCGCAUCAAACAACUUGAGAGAUCACGCAGACGCUAUCGCUGUAGGAGAGGUCGAGAUGCUACUAACCACCACUACCUGGGCUCAAGAUAUCCUACCGCUCAAGAACACCGACAAGCCGCUCUUCCACUUCCUGUGUGACUCGUUCUACUCUCACACCCCACAGCAUAUUUUCGAUCGAUGGUUUGCUCUUCGAAAGUAUCUGAGUACGACUGGUCAGCUGCUUUCGGGUUUGAUACGCCAGGCUGAGCAAUUGCCUCGGAAGAAGUGGCCGCUUAUCGUACUUCAGUUGUACUUUGUCUUACUCGAUCACAAAGAAGCCCUAGAAGAGACCGCAUCCAUCGUCGAGCUAGAUGAUGAGAGUAUCCAAUGCAGACUGAGCGCCUAUUGUGCUGCCCUUCGCAUUAGACUUUAUCUCUGGAGAAUGACACGAGCGUGUUCUAUGUCUCGGUCGCGAACAUACAAGCGACAUGUUAAGGAUCAGUGUUUCAGACGCCACAGCAAACUGAUCUUCAACCUCAUAAGUCAAGAAUUCAGCCGUAUGCGAGACGACCAUUUCCAAGCCGUCGAGCGCCGCUUGGAUGGAGACCCGGUCGAGAUCACAGCAAUCACCAAGCCACUAUGCCAUCCGACGACCGAGUUCUGCACUAUUUGCCAGGAUAUGCAUAUAGGGUCCCAAUGUGUCAUGCCACUCAACUGCCAGUGCGUAUUUGGCCGCGAUUGCUUAAACCCGCUGCUGAAUCGCGAUUCGCCCUCAAGCUAUACUUGCCCCAACUGUCGAACUCGUCUGCAUGAGCCGUUGAAGUGGAUGCCUCUUCCUUCGAAUAAUGAGCGUGGUCGGCAGAUUGGACUGCUGUGGGCUUUACGACACAAUGCGACAUGGACUGACUUCUUAUCGCAGAAUGAGAUACUAGCUGAUCCGGAGCCAUUUACUCUGUACGAGAAAUGUGUUGGCAUUUUCAGCCGACUUAUGUAUGGACGAUAG